AUGGAUUCUCUCCCGGCCUUCGUUGUUGGGGACUCCGGUCACUCGCUCCUCGUUUCCUUGCCAGCACUGUUCUCCCUGCAAGUCAUCGCCGACACAAUGGUGAACACACGCUCUCUAUUCUCUCUUUCCCUCCUUGCCUCGGCCGCUCUUGGGAAUGUCCUUGGCGGCGAGGAGCAGUCUGGGUGCCCACCCGAGAAGCAGGUGGUGCGCUACGUUGUCGUCGAGAUGCCCGACCAGAAAGCUCCGGUAGAGGAGCUGCCCGAAGAGGUUGUCCGCGGCGGCGUCGACACUCCGGUCAACACCACCACCACCCUCCCGCCUUGCAAGGCGCCCGACGUCGACACCUCGGACAAGAACAACAUCAUCCCGGCGCCUCAGGUCUCCCUCUUCUACGGCGAUGACGGCAGCAGGCCCACCCCUCCCCCCUUCGCCAACAGCACCGCCGGCCACAACACCACGGUGCCUGCUCCCCAGGGCUCCAUCAACAUGACCCUGACCACCAACCACUCCUUCGUCGCUCUAGAAUACAUCGACUCCAUCACCAAGGUCAAGUGCUCCAAGAACCUCCUUACCGUCAAGUUCUCCGACGUCGAGGCCUUUGACAUUGCCGCCAAGAACUGGGAGUCGCUCGAGGCUGGCUUGAUCAUCGUCACCAACGGCCAGGGCAACUGCAACGACGAGUUUGAACGUGGGUUCUUCAAGGUCGACGACGUCAAGCCCAACAAGGAUGACCUGUCCAUCGCCUGCACGGCCUCUUCCCAGAAGAUUGAGCAGGUCGCCGGCACUUGCGAGAUGACAUUUUCCUCGCUGCCCGCGGCCACCCUGCGCAAGCGCAUCACCCUCAACCCCAGCACCACGCUCUCGUUCGGUACUGCGCUUGCCAAAAACAAGACCCUGCUGGACCUGGACCCAUAUCUCGAGAUCAUUGCCGAUCAUGCCUCUUUCGAGUCGGCCGUCACAUUCUCGGGCAAACUCAACUACGACUUCUGGGCCUUUAAGCUCAAGGAACUCUACUUUGAUCUUGAUGCCAGCUUCAAGGCCGACGUAGCACUGUCGGCCAGCAUCCAAGCUGCCUACUCCCAAAACUUUCAGUAUGCUCCCGACGAGCUGGAGUACACCCUCAUCAACGUCCCUGGCGUCGUCGCGCUCGGCCCCGGCGUCGCGUUCGGGAUCGGCGUCAAUCUUUCCGCAUCCGGCGCUGUCGAUGUCCACACCGCUCUCGGUGUGGCCAUGCCCAAGGGCAACGUCCACCUCGACCUGGUCAACAAGGACCGAGGCACUUCGGCCACCGGCUGGGACCCCAAGUACACCGCGGCCGCCAACAUUUCCCAGAAGGCCGAGGUCGGCGCUGACGUCUACGCCUCUGUGACGGUUUCAUUGGCCGUCAAGGUUCUCGGUGGUUUGGUGGAUCUCUCCUCGGGGUUAACGGCUGAGCCGAGGGUCAACAACCGCUUCUCGCUCGCCGGAAACCAACAACUGAGCGUUGGUGGAUCCGCCACCACCAAGCCCGUCGGCAGUGUCCUGCAGCCUGUCACUGGCCAGGGCUCCUGCGAGCAGGGGGUCGGCAUCAAAUCCGACUUUGUGUUCAAGCUCAAGGGUUUCAUCACAAAGUACUGGUCGCGUGACCUGUUUGGAGUGGAGGUUCCCAUUGCCAACCAGUGCUACAAGUUCACCAAGCAGUAG